AUGGUUGGGUUGCCUGCGCGAGGCAAAUCAUAUAUUGUAAAGAAGCUUAGACGUUAUUUAACAUGGUUACAAUAUGAGACAAAGAUCUUUAAUGUUGGCAACUUACGUCGUAACACAGCUCAAUUGAUUAAAAAUGGAACCGCACCGAACAAUCAUUCACACUCAUUUUUUGAUCCAAAUAAUGAAUAUGCCAAAAACGUAAGAGAUCAACUCGCAAUGGAUAGUUUGGAUGAGCUGAUUUAUUGGCUAAAAACGGGUGGCAGGGUUGGAAUUCAUGAUGCUACAAAUUCUACAAUAGCAAGAAGAAAGAAAAUUUUGGAGCGCUGCCAACGUGAAAAUAAUUUCAAAGUACUUUUUAUUGAAUCAAUAUGUGAUGAUAAGGAGGUUUUAGAAUCAAAUAUGCGUCUCAAACUUUCGGGUCCAGAUUAUAAAAAUGUUGAUCCUGAAGAAGCACUAGAUGAUUUUCGUAGACGUGUUGCUAAUUACGAAAGGGCUUAUGAAACCAUUGGUGAAGAGGAGGAAAAAACUGAUGUGGAGUAUUGUAAAUUAAUUAAUGUAGGAAAAAAGAUUAUUGCGCAUAACAUUAAAGGUUAUCUGAGUGGUCAAUGCAUAUUUUAUUUAAUGAAUUUAAAUCUUAUUGAUCGGCAAAUCUGGUUAACAAGACAUGGGGAAAGUGCAGAUAAUGUCUCAGGAAGAAUAGGUCGCAAAUUUGCCGCAUGUCUUUCUCGUUUUGUUCACGCACAAAAAAUGCUUUUCAGACAAAAACAGUUGGAAAAUUAUCGGGAAAAAAUUGGAUCAUCGACACCUCCCCCAGAACCUCCUGAAAGAAAUUUCUUGGUUUGGACGAGUAUGUUAAAAAGGACAAUUGAAACAGUAGAAAGUCUUGAUCCAAAGGAAUUUGAUAUUAUGCAUAUUAGGUUUCUUAAUGAGAUUUAUGCGGGCCGAUGUGAAGGAAAGACCUAUCAAGAAAUAGAACAAUCAUAUCCAGAAGAAUUUAAUGCACGUAAAAAUAAUAAACUUUAUUACCGCUAUCCAGGGAUGGGUGGUGAAUCUUAUUUGGAUGUUAUCCACAGAGUAAAUCCGUUAAUUAUCGAGUUAGAAAGAAUGACCGAUAACAUAUUAGUAGUAACGCAUCGAGUCGUACUCAGAAUUAUAUUGGCAUAUUUUCUAGAUGUUGAAAAGGAAAAAGUGCCAGAUAUGGAUGUUCCAUUACAUACUUUGUAUUGUUUGCAACCUAAGGCUUAUGGUAAUUAUUAA